AUGUAUGUAGUUUUCUGGAGAGAAUUAUCCUUUUAUUCUAUUAAUUGCGCGAUUGGGAGAUGGAAGGGAUUCAACGUUUUUUUGCUGUUGUUCUUGUUUUUUGUCUGUGUGCGUGUGUUUGUGCGUGUUGCUUUGGCCUUCCCACUCCAGAGCCCUCACUUCGCGGUUGGGAGCCGCCGGGGAUAUAUUCUUGUGUGUUCGUGUGAUUUAUUUGUGAACGGAGCGUCCCACGGCGCGACCGCUGUCAGUGCCGGUGGUGUGGCUCCCGGCGUGGGGAGAGUGUGUGCCGUGACGCUCGCCCCGCCGCUGGUGUGCCCAGUGGGCGGAGCAACGCCAGUGACACACGACCCCUGCUUGUUGGCGACGCGGCUAUCCUUUUUUUUCCCCUGCUUGUGUUCUCUUGUAGCAGACUGCACAGUGUAG